AUGCUGAAAGCGGGCAGCAUGGAUUUCGUGGGCCAGAAGCAGGCUUUCAACAUGCAGUUCUACUUCAUUUGGACUUCAGGCGUGAUUGGUUACGUUCACGGCUUCGUGGCGCAGAGGUUUUUGUACACGUUUCUUUGGAUAUUUGGUACCACAUUGUUUGUCACGCUGAUGUGCCUGCCUCCGUGGCCGAUGUGGAACAGGCAUCCGGUGGUAUGGCUCGAACCCAAAGAGCGAGACGAUGACGACGAGCCCAAGCCCAAAAAACCUCAGGAGAGACAAGCAAAGACGCCAAGAAAGGUGGUAAGAGCAAAAAGAAAAAUUAGGCUAGAGCCAAAGACCGAGGCCGACCCUGCCUUUAAGUGCAUGGCGGAGGCUUAUGUCAUAACCUCAUCUGAGCUGCAGCGCAUCAAGAAUGCCAUUGGUUUGACAAGCGAUGUUGCUGCAGAUUCGAGCGCUGAUGCCACGCAGAUGCCUGCCAAGACCCGGGCGCAGUUGCUCCACGAGAAGUCGCAGGCUCGGGCAAAGACUUGGAGCAAUACCUUGGAAGGCAGUCGGCGGAAGAAGGCCGAGGAGAAGAGGAAAAAGCUGGAGAUGGAAGAGCUGGAGAGACAGAAGGUAGACGCGGAAGAGGCCAAGAUCCAGUUGGAUCAACGGCGCGCGACUAUUGACCGUGCAAACAAGCUCCUGUACGAGGAGUCUGAUCGCAUGAAGUCUUUCCACAGCAAGAUGAUGCAUUGUGACGUCAUUGCAGAGCGAGAGGCACAGAUCUCGCUAAAAGGCGAGCUGAAGAAGCUCGAGCAGAUCCGAGAUGAUCGCUUUCUCGAAAUGGAGAAGCAGAACUAUCGCAAGAUGCUGGAGCGUGAGAUGAAGGAGCGGGAAACGAAGGAGGAACUCUCCAAAAUUGCAGCAAAGGCCCAAAAGGAGCAGCUUGCUGAAUACAAAGAGAAGCGGUUCCAGGAGGUAGAGGAUGCCAUGCUCGAAGGCGAGCUCCUGCGUCGGAAGGCUAUCGAGGAUUUGGAGGCGGAGCGUUCGGCUGAGAAGAGACGUCGAGAGAUGGCAAUCAAGGCACAGAAAGAGACGCAGAAAGCGAACUCGUACCUCAAACAGAUAAAGGCCGAAGACAUGCUCCGUCAGCAGAAAGAGGAGGAAAAGAUUCAGGAGUAUGCCCAACGCAAAGAGAAGAUGCUGCAACUUCGGAAGCAGAAGGAGGAGGAAGUCUUUCAGCAGAAGCAGGCAGCCCGAAAUGCCAUGAUCGAUGCGCAGGCCAAGCGCUUGGCCGAGAUGCAGAGCAAUGAAGAUGCCCGAGUGGAAGGGCAGGUCAAGCAGAAGGAGGCUGCGGAUGAGAAGAAGCGGCUUGACAAGUUAGAGAUGAUGAGAAGGUGGGAGGAGGACAUUCAGAACAGCCGGCAAGCGCAGAUCGAGCGCAAGCAGAAUACCCGCGCCCGAGAAAAGGCAGAAGACCAUGAGACUGCCAAAUUUCUGGCGGAGUGGUGCAAGGUGCUCGACAAGCAGGAGCAGGAGGAGAACAUCCUCAAGGAUGCGGCAGCUCGUAAGCUGGCACAGGAGCACCUGAAGCAGGUUGAGCUGUCUCGGCGGAAGAAGUUCGAGGAGAAGCACUCUGACAAAGGCGUGGCAGAGCAUGCCAGCAAAGUCAUGGAGGCAGACACGCUCGAGUUUCACGCGUAUGCAGAGAAAAUCAUUCGGGAGUAUUCCGCAGAGGGCAAGAACGUCAUCCCUCUCAUCAAGGAGCUUCGAGAUUUUCGAAAACGAGUGCAGGAGUGA